AUGAAGUUUUUAAUUGUCAUCUUAUUGAUUGUAGCUACAAGCUCAACUGCAAUAACCUUCAAUUCUAAAUGCACUGCAAAAGUAGCAAAACUCACUCCUAAAUUUUCAAAAUUAUAUGCAAAUGUAAAUGAAAAAAAGUUUACAUCAAGUUUGAAGGAAUUAGUUGGAAUCGUAAAAUCUUUAGUGGCUAUAAAAACAUCUUGUUCUGGGGCAGAAGGCGUUGAUUUGUCUAGUUUCUAAGAGAAAAUAGGAACUUGUUUAAAAGAUGGCUUCGAAUUAGCUAGCAAUGGUUAUAAAUCAUACAAUGAGUUUGAAGAGGAUGGGUUCUCAGAUAUGCUUGUUGACAGUUUAAUUGAUAUGUCCCAUUUGGUGGAACCUGUAAUCACAAAUUGCUGGGGAGACGAAGUAAAGUCUGUGUUGGGAUUUGUUUUACCAGAUGAAUGCAUCUCAGUCAUUGACAAUGCUGCAAAGGUCACCUUAGAGAUUAUUGAAUAAAAAGAAAGACCAUUGUUGGUGACUAAGGGAUUACUAAAUUUGAGAAAGGUCUUCAAGGAAUCCAAGAAGGUUUGUCCAUUUGUUGAGACUUUGAUUCCCGAUUCGGAUGAUGAGGACAGUGAUUCAUUCGAAGAUGACAGCGAGGAUAGUGAUUCUUUCGAUGAUGAUUACGAGGAUAGUGAUUCUUCUGAAGGCGGUGAUGAUUUGGAAGCAUUAUUUGAACUAUUCGAAUGAUCAUCAUUAUUAUAUAUAAUCAAAGGAUAAGCA